AUGUGGAAAACGUCUUGUUGGGGAAACAUCUGCAACCCACCUUUUAUAGUUCAAUUAAAGGAUUUUGAAUCUGAUGAAACUGACGAUGUUGAUGUUGUUGAUGAUGUUGAUACUGAGGAUGAUGGAUCUGAUAAAAUUGGAACUGAAGUUGUUGAUAUUGAUGAUGAUGCCAAUACUGAUGAUGAUGAAUCUGAUGAUGAAACUGAGGAGGAGACUGAAAAUGAUGAUGGAGAUGCUAAUGAUGAUGAUUAUGUGACCGAUGAUGAUGGAACUGAUGAGGAAAUGACAAGGAGGAGGGAAUUUGAUAUUAGUGAAGCAGCUUUUCAAAGGAUUGUAAGGGAGGCGGCAGGGCCAGGAGUGAGAUUUGGAGCAGGUGCAAUUAGAACAUUUCAGAGG